AGCCUCAGCCCACAGAAUAAACGAAGGGAGAAAAACCAUUCUGUGCUACUACUUACCGGAGCUGGGUUUUGGCAAUUCAGUAGAACAAGUGGAUCAGGAGCUCAGAUAUAAUUCCUUGAAUCCCUUGCUUCCUUAUUAUUUAAAGUCUUUUUUUUUUUUUUUUUUUUUUUUUUUUUCAAUUUAUUCAAGUGGAUUUUCCCUUUUCAAGUGAAUAAGCAGAGGGAACUGCCUGGGAUACAUCAGAAAUAAGCCUCCUGAGCUGAGGAUGCUUGUAGUUCCGGGCAGCAGUGCUACUUCCCACAGUGUGAGAAAGACCAUGGCAACUUGGCAGGACUGCUACCUGCUCAGUUCCCAAAAUGAAGACAUCUGCCAGAACGUUCAGGUUUCCAGCCUGUGAUGCUCCAGCAGAUUCAUAUUACAAAAGAGACGAUUCUGGACACGACAAAGGAAAUUUAGGGAAAUAUCCCUAACUAUCAAGAGAAGAGAUCUGUACUGUUUCAGAGAGAGAAACCAUGCGUUCCAGAAGUAACAGUGCAGAAAGCCCAACCAGACCGAAGCCGUGCCAACAAAGGCCAAAAGGCCACCAUAGAGAAGAAACAGGUUACAGUGGGAAAGGGAAUGUGCAAAGAAGGCCAAAGGAGAAGGACGAUGUGCCCCAAGCCAGCACCAUCAUAAGAAGCCCUAAGGCUGAGAAAAAGCAAAGAAGUUCUUUCAAGAAAAGAGAGGACCUCUCUCGUGAUGAUCUGCUAUUUCUUCUUAGUGUCCUUGAGGGUGAAUUACAGGCUCAAGAUGAAGUUAUAGGAAUACUUAAGGCUGAAAAAAUUGACUUGGCUUUGCUUGAAGCACAAUAUGGCUUUGUUACUCCCAAGAAGGUGUUGGAAGCCCUCCAGCGAGACGCUAUUCAAACAAAGGCUGAGCAAUGGCAAGAAGAUAUCUAUGAAAAGCCUAUGGGAGAGCUUGAUAAAGUUGUAGAGAAACAGAAGGAAACUCACAGACGAAUGCUGGAGCAACUUCUAAUGGUAGAAAAAUCACACAGACAGACCCUGUAUGAAUUAGAGGAAGAGAAGAGGAAGCACAGUGAAUACAUGGAGAAAAGUGAUGAGUUUAUAAGCUUACUGGAAAAAGAACGUGAAAGACUGAAAAAGCUUCUUGAACAAGAAACAGCAUAUCAAGAAAAAAAAGAGAAGGAAAACAACAAGAAAAUAGCUAAACUGAAAGAAGAAUUGACUAAACUGAAAUCCUUUGCUUUAAUGGUUGUGGAUGAACAACAAAGACUCACUGAGCAGUUGAAUCAACAAAGUCAAAAAAUUCAAGAGUUAACUACUUCUGCAGACCAAGCACAUGAGAAACUCGCUUUUGCUGAAGCAAAAGCCCAAGAGCAAGAACAGAAAGCCAGCAGGCUGGAGGCUGAACUUCAAGUCCAAAACAGUAAGGUUUCCCAAGAUCAAGAAGCAAUGAUGGCCAAACUAACCAAUGAAGACAGCCAGAAUCGUCAGCUCCGGUUAAAACUGAAUGCACUCAGCAGGCAAAUUGAUGAGCUGGAAGAGACCAAUAAAUCUUUAAGAAAAGCAGAAGAUGAACUGCAAGACCUAAGGGAUAAGAUAAAUAAGGGAGAAUAUGGGAACUCCACUCUUAUGUCUGAAGUGGAGGAAUUAAGGAAACGACUGCUGGAGAUGGAAGGAAAAGAUGAAGAGCUCAUAAAAAUGGAAGAUCAGUGCAGAGAACUUAAUAAAAAGUUAGAAAAAGAAGCAUCACAGAGCAAGAACCUUAAAGGGGAAGUUGACAAACUCAACAAAAGAAUUAUGGAGCUGGAGAAAUUAGAGGAUGCUUUCAACAAAAGCAAACAGGAAUGCUACUCCCUGAAAUGCAACCUAGAAAGGGAAAAAAUGGUUACAAAGCAGUUGUCCCUUGAGCUGGAAGGCUUAAAAGCUAGGGUUGGAGAGCUCGAAGCAAUUGAAAGCAAGUUAGAAAAAACCGAGUCCACACUCAAAGAAGAUUUAACAAAGCUGAAGACUCUAACAGUGAUGCUUGUGGAUGAAAGAAAAGCUAUGAGUGAAAAAAUAAAGCAAACAGAAGAAAAACUGGAAGCUGCAACUUCUCAGCUCCAGGUGGAAAAAAAUAAAGUGAUGUCCAUUACAGAAAAACUAAUUGAGGAAAGUAAAAAGGCACUGAAAUCAAAAUCUGAUGCAGAGGAAAAAGUGUCUAGUGUCACAAAAGAAAGAGAUGAGCUGAAAAACAAACUCAAAGCAGAAGAGGAGAAAGGAAACGAUCUUGCUUCCAAAGUAAACAUUCUAAGAAAAAGACUUCAGUCACUGGAAGCUGUUGAAAAAGAAUUUCUUAAAAAUAAGCUUAAAGAGACUACUAAAUCCAGCACUUCCUUGCAGCAGGAGAACAACAAAAUCAAAGAGCUUUCUCAAGAAGUCGAGGGGCUUAAGCAGAAGCUGAAAGAAAUGAAGGCCAUAGAAGACGAUCUUAUGAAAACUGAAGAUGAAUUUGAGUCUUUAGAACGAAGAUAUGUCAAUGAACGGGACAAAGCCAAGCUCCUGUCAGAGGAACUGGAGGCUGUGAAAAUGGAAGUAGCUAGGUAUAAACUAUCAGAAAAGGCAGAGUCCAAUCAAGAGCAGCGUCUUUUUAAGAAGCUCAAAGAAGAAGAAGCUAAAUCAAGUCACCUUUCCAGAGAAGUAGAUGCACUGAAAGAGAAAAUUCAUGAAUACAUGGCAACAGAAGACCUAAUCUGUCACCUCCGAGGUGAUCAUACAGUCUUACAGAAGAAACUCACCCAACAAGAAAACAAGAACAGGGAGUUAGCAAGAGAAAUGGAAAGCCUCACAAAAGAAUUAGAGAGGUACAGACGUUUCAGUAAGAGCCUCAGACCUGGUGCUAAUGGAAGGCGGAUAUCUGACUUGCAGGUUUUUUCUAAAGAAGUCCAGACAGAUCCAGCUGACAACGAACCACCCGAUUACAAAACCCUCAUGCCUUUAGAGAGAGCAGUCAUAAAUGGGCAGCUGUAUGAAGACAGUGAUUAUGAGGACAAGGACAGCAAUGAGGAGGAACAAUCAGUGGCUUUCAAAAGCAACUCAUCCAUCGGGAAUGCCAUGCAUAAGAAAUUAUGGAUCCCUUGGAUGAAGUCCAAAGACCACCACCAGAAUGGAAAGAUUCAUACAAAGCAAAAUGGAAACUGUGCACAGACUGGAGACUUAGUGCUAAGCCAUACACCUGGCCAACCUCUGCACAUAAAAGUAACUCCAGACCAUGGGCAGAACACAGCAACGCUCGAAAUAACAAGUCCUACUACAGAAAGUCCUCACUCCUAUACGAGCACAGCAGUUAUACCUAACUGUGGCACUCCCAAGCAAAGAAUAACUAUUAUUCAAAAUGCCUCCUUCGCGCCUGUGAAGUCAAAAGCAUCAGAAGGUUACAUGAGCCCAGAGCAAGCCAUUUCUCCCAUUACUAUGGCUGCUUUUGCAAGAUCUCAGACUCCUGACUCAUGUGGUUCCUUAACGCCUGAAAGAACAAUGUCCCCAUUGGCUUUACCAGGCUCAAGUUCUCAGGAACAAAUGCUCUCCUCAGAGCCUUUGGAAAUGGGAGCCAAGCAUGCUGUUUUCAGAGUAUCCCCAGACAGGCAGUCGUCAUGGCAGUUUCAGAGAUCUAACAGCACGGGAUCAAGUGUAAUAACUACUGAGGAUAACAAAAUCCACAUCCACUUAGGAAGUCCUUACGUCCAAGCUCUCACCGGUACCAAGACCGUCAGCCCCUGUACCCCAGUGCAAGAUAACAGAACUCCAGCACUAGCUAAUGGAAUACCCAGUAAACCCACCAAUAAAAUCACCAGCAGUAUUACUAUCACACCAACAGCCACUCCUCUCCCACGGCAAUCACAAAUUACAAUUACUGAUGCGUUCCGUCAAUCAGUUCCAACUCGGAUCCCCAAACCAAAGCCAACAAAUGCAACUAAACUACCUGUCAGAAUUCCUGCUGGACAUCACAACAAGCCACUUCAAGACAGCAGUUCUGGAAAGCUACAUAUUAUAAGGACUGUGUCUAAAGCCUGCCUUCACAGUGGAGGGAGAAGAGUGCAUUCCAACAGUCUAAAUGGCUCAACUGAUAAUUUGUGGGAAAGCUCCUUUCACAUAGGUCUUUCUUUAAGAACUGCCAAAUCUUAAUUCCUAAAUAAAGCAAAAGCUAGUGGUGAUCGCAACAUCACAGCCAGAAUUGGGACCGUUUUGCUGAAGCAAAGACAGAUUUUGAUGCGUUCGGUUACCCAAUUUGUUUCCCUUUUAUUUCACAGCUAAAAGUUUAACUUAGCCACUGAGCCAGUACAACACAUUAGCACUCCUGCGGGACUAUUUUUGCAAACCCACAACAGAAAUCUAUGCCUCCCUCAACAGCCUCACAAGAACAUCUCAAUGGGUAGUUAAAAAGUGAAGGUUUCAAAAGAUCAGCCCACCGAAACCUUACUUCAGCAUGUGCCUUACAAGACACAUUUUGGCAAAGAAGAAACCGAGAAAAGACUCUUCUACAUUAGAAAGAGAAGCACUCCAAUUUAAUUCACUAAAUCUACAGCUAACAGUAAAGUUCUGAAGCUACAAGUGACACGUGCUCAGGUCCAAAUAAAGCUCAUAGAAGCACCCCGUGAUAUGUUCUGCAAGACGCGGAACAAGUGUGCACAACGCAAAGAAGCAAAAUGAUUUCCAAAAAGCAGCUGUCAGCCUGGCAUGCUCAUCAGACAGAUGUGAAAAGGAGCAUCAGCACAAAAACAGCUUUCAUCAGAAGGGACAGCAACUGAUGGAUGAGCCAAAGGAAAGAGAGAAAACUCUCCAUACACAGGUCAGCUCGCCAACAGAUCCCAGCUCUGAUAAUGCAACAAAACUCUUAAUAAUUGAGCUACAGUGAACAGUCCACUUCUCACUAGUUGCAAAGCCCACAUAACAAACUGAUGCCAUUUGGCACCCCUUAUUACCAGCUUACAAACAGAAAAUAAAAACGUAUGGGCAAAAAAAAA